AAGUCCGACGGCCAUCAUUCCUAAUUCGAAGGAUUCGCAGGUAUACCGGGAAAUCGGAAGAAUUCUAAUCUCCAGCGCAAACCCAUUUCCCAUGGAAGAAGACGGCAGAGUCUCCGAAGCCACGGGCACCAGCUCCGCCCUUUUUCCCUCGCAAUCAGCUGACCCACUUCACAUGGAAGAGGAAGAAUCAAUGUCUAGCCCCACCAGAGGCCCUAUUUUGAACAAAAAUCCUGUCCAACCAAUUGAAGUUGAUGAUCUCCAAAACCCUAGUUUCAGCAACUACAGCAAUCUAGUUAACUCGAUCGAAGAGGGAGUGGAAGAGGGAAGCAAUAGCCUCAAUCAUUCGUCUGAGGGUGGUCCAUGCUACAGCUCCGAUUAUGGUCCACCGCCGCUUAGAAGACCCAGUUCUCCUGAAGAAGAUCGCAUCAGCGCCUUGCCAGACUGCGUCAUUCACCACAUCCUCUCAUUUUUGCCAACCAAGGACUCCAUCAAGACCGGCAUUUUAUCAAAGAGAUGGGAAAAGUUGUGGUCCUUCGUUCCCAACCUUAGAUUCCGUGUUCUUGACGAUGAACCUCAACCUCACAAAUUGUUUAGGAUGAUUGAUGGAACCCUGAUUCUCUACUCUUCAACCAAAAUCAGGAAAUUCGUGCUUCGUUUUGACUACGAGAUGUUCACGAGAGAAGUCCCAAAGUCGGAUAUGGAUUCUUUUAUUGAUUUAUGGCUCCGCUUCGCUGCCAGACGAAAUGUGCAGGAGCUCUGUUUGAAAUUCUGUGCGAAGAGAUACCUAAUGGGGAAAGAAAUGUUAGCUGAUGAAGAUUUUGAUCGUUACACUAUGCCUCAAUUUUUAUUUGAUGAUUCUUCACUGACGAAAUUAAGAUCGAGAUUUUGUGAUUAUGUCUCUAAAGGGCAAGUGUCUUGGAAAUCCCUCAAGGUUUUGACCAUUAGGAGUGCAGUGUUGACUAAUGGUAUGCUUCAAAGAAUCUUGUUAGGUAGUCCAGUGCUCGAAGAAUUGGAAUUGAGUGACUGUUGGGAUAUAACUAGUGUCAAUGUUAUUUCAAGUGCUCCUAAUCUGAAGUCUUUGGGAAUUUUGGGACAUUGGGAGGGAACCAAGUGUCAUUUGUUGGAUGUAUCUUCCUUAAUUGAUGCCCAUAUUGAUUUUGCAUUAUAUGAGUAUGGUGUUAGUAACAAUUCACAUGAUGCAUUUAUGGAGACUACGAAUGCACUGCUUCAGAAAAUCAAUCAUGUGGAGCUACUUACUAUUGGGAUUGGAUGUAUUCAAGCUUUAUCAAUGGCGGAGGAUAGAGGAUUACCUUCUCCUUUCUUUAACUGCAAUUGGAAGUGCUUAACUGUUAAGACACCGAUCGUACUCGAGUUGAAUCUCCCUGGGAUGGCAAAUUUCCCUAGGAUGGCAGGUUUGCUUCAGAAUGCACCAAAUCUGGAGAAAUUAGUUGUAGAUCGGACCAGUUGGUUUUAUGGCAGUGUUUACUUUAGUUUGAUUCAUCCCACCGAAGAGAAUUUCCAGACAUCACGGGCGAGAAGUUUUAGUUGCUUGCUCAGGCAUCUGAAGGCUAUUGAGUUAGUUGAACCUUAUAUAGACGCAAAUUAUCCUGGUUACCUAUAUGAGUUUUUGCAAUUUGUCCUUCAGAAUGCAAUGGUUCUGGAAAAGAUGGUUGUACCCUCAUGGCAUUAUGAAGCUGCUCGAAAACUGUUAAGCUUUCCAAGAGCCUCACCACAUGCUGUGAUUUUGCUAUCCAAACCAUGAACUAAAUCUUGGGAAAGUUCUCAUAUUGUUCCCUUUUUGGAUUUAUCAACAGCAUCUAGUGAGAACUAUAAAGAAACCUCUUUCUGUAACAUGAUAACUCAAUUGGUUGAAUGCAAGUUCUUUGUUUUGGCUCAACUCCUUAGUAACCAAUAGACUUGAUAUUGUUUUUCUUUGUUCUCCCCAGAAUACUUUUCUAAAAUGUAAAUGAAAGUAAAGUUGCCAAGAUCAAUGUCCUAUUGUUUUUCUUUUCUCUGUCUCAAAUUGUAUCGUUCUUUUUUCUUGGUUUUCUUCUUCCAAUGGCUUCGAGAUUCAUCAAGUGUGUGACAGCGGGAGAUGGGGCUGUUGGCAAGACCUGCAUGCUUAUUGCAAUGCUUAUUACAAUGGGAUUUCGAGUGGCAGCGAUUAUUGCAAGAGGCAGGAACCAGAAGUUAGGGGAAUAAUGGCUUAAAAUAUGU